UUCCGGUGGAUCCAAAAGCAUCAGGACCAUAGCCGCUUGAAGCAACGAUGUCGACAAAAGUUUUGCAGGAGACAGUCACCAAGACUUUGGUCGUGAAAGGGCUUGACUGAUCAUACCUACGAAGUUGUGAAGGGAGAGGCGGCUGUCGCUUAUGGAAGGGCUAUGGCCGGUUGCUAUCAAGGUCCUGCGUCAAGUCAUGGUACAAAACGUUCGAGAGAAGCUCAUUAAGCGACUUCAAUCGGAGGUUAUUGCUUGGCAUCGUCCAUGUCAUCACAACGUGUCGCAGCUGUUUGGGAUAGUGCAUCUUUCACAGAGCAUUGGCAUGGUAUCGCCUUGGUGCGAACAUGGGACGCUUUGCGACUAUCUGGAGCAUUUCCCCGCGUGA